UUAGCAUGUGACACCAUGUCGUUCAAUGAUUUCGGAGCGGCCACAGCCUGGGGUGAACCUGAGCAGCAGCCUGGCGACAUAGUAAGGGAUGCGAUACGGAAGGAGAAGAUUCUCAAAGAGAUUACAGCCGCACAGGGCGAUUUGCAAGCACUUGUUGCACGACUACACGGCGUCCAGUUGGACGUUGACAAACUCACCUCCGAGAAUUCGACCUUGCAGAUGUAUAUCGACAACCUGACCAUGCAGAUGGCAAAGAGGAAGUAAUACUUCCAAUAGCGUCUGCUGUCAAUGCGAUGUGUAUGUAUAAGUACUGCCAGAAUGACGAUUGGUUAUUUCUGCGAGAUCAUUGGAUGUUGAUUUCGCAGAGUGUGUACUUCUGAGGCCCCUGCUUGGAUUACAAAUGAUCUGUAUUGGCGUUCAGUACGGGUUAGCCAGAUCCUGUAGAACACGUUCAAAUUCGGAACAGGUCGAAUGUCAUGCAUGUCAUGUUUGACAGGGUGUGUUCUCGCACUGCUAUGACCAAAAUGCCGUGACGCAGAGGUCUUCUAUCACGGCUGUACAUAGCCCUCCUGAACGUACAAUCCUACCGUGAUUGAAUCAAUUCAUUCGGCAAACCGAACAGCAGUGCAGAUACGUAUCUUCUCGAAGUCGCCGUACUCCGCGAGCCUUCA